CUGUAGAGCUCUAUAAACCAGUUGUAUUACGUAAACGGACACGGACAGCGCUGCACAAGAAAUUUUCACAAAAGAAGCAGAAGAAAGCUUCUCUUUCGAGGUUGAAUCACUCUCACACUCCAAGCGUCCUCCGAUUCCUUUGCUAGAUCUUCUGCAGUUCUCAUGGAGGAUCGUAAGGAGAAAACUGCACCAUGGCUUUCAGUACCACAAUUUGGGGAUUGGGAUCAGAAGGGUGAAUUGCCAGAUUACUCAAUGGAUUUCUCGAAAAUCAGGGAAAUGAGGAAGCAGAAUAAGAGGGAUGUAUCAAGAGCCAGUCUUGGCAAUGAAGAAGACUUUAUUAACCCAACAGCUACCAAUGCAAAAGCUGCCCGUAGUGAGGAUCGCCACAAUGAUCAUUACCAUCAAAGCCAUCAUCACUCCCCUAAUACAAGGCGGAGCAUUUUUAGCUACUUCAACUGCUGUGUUAAAGCCUGAUGUUCAAGGAUAUUUUAUCGUCCUCUAGGUCGCCUGUAAUGAUAAUGUAUUUUAGAUAAUUUCUUUAGUCUCUUCCACUGUAUUUUUUUUUUUUUUUUCCUUUUUUCCUUUCAAAGUUGUUUUUGUUUUCUUCACCGCCCUGAAGUUUCAACGAAAAGGACGAUAUAUUUGUAACUUGGUGAUGAUUAAGAUUGAUCUGCACUUUGAUUCACUGAUUGAUAAUGAGCAAGAAGUGGCAAUUGAUUA